AUGGCGAAAUACAUUCUCUCAGCUGACCCUCAAGCUGGCUUGCCAAUUACCGACGGCCCACUCAAAAUUCUUUUCCUCCAAUUCGCCGAUGACUCUGCAUCAUUUGCAACAUCGUUCAGACAGCAACGUUUCAUCAACAGCUGCAUUGACCUCUUUUGUAAAGCAACUUCAUCAAAGGUCAAUGAGGACAAGUCAUCAGUCAUUCUCAUCGAACCAGACGACAACGGAUCAAAAGUAACCAUACCAGACCAACAAAACAGAGACACGUCUUACCCCAUUGCAGGUAUAGAAAGAUACUUGGGCCUCAACUUUUCGAAAGAUGGGCUGUCCUCGAAACUAGAAGAUAUCGUAAAUGGUGCAAAGGCGAAACUGAUCAAAUGGAAAAAGGACUCAAUCACACUAAAGGCAAAGGUCAAUAUUCUCAAAUCCUAUGAUAAAAAGUACAAGACCACCAUGCGAAUGGAAAGAGCCAUCAGACCGUGGGACGAGGGUGGAAUAGCACUAUGGGACAUGAGACUACGAUGCAUGGCACAGAAGAUUUGGAUUAUAAAUAGAUACUGGAAUGAAGCAUACAACAACAGAUACACUGCACCCUACGCAAGAGCUUGGUUAAAGCAAAUUACGGAAGGAAGAUGCACCUCACAGUACCUGGCUCAACUUGCAAGAGAAUGGACAGCUUUCACCAACAUCAUCUACAAAAUGAAAGGUGAAGCUCUGACCAUGAGAUCAAAACCUAUACUAUCCAAGAACGGCCAAAUAAUCUCCUUGGGUGAAAUAUACCAAGCUCUACUAGACAACAAAUACCAAACAACAGCAAAAGAACUCUUGACUGAUGGGCAAAAACACUUUGCAAAUAAAUACUACGUCGACUACACCUCUCCACAAUCAAUAUUUAAAACCGUCAAAACUAUCCAACACAAUAGAGGAAGAAACACCACAUUUAGAUUCUUUGCUCGUUGCCUGCCUGGACUACUGCCAAGUGAUCCCGGAAGAUGUCUACGUUCAUCACUUCUUCCAAUGCCAAAGGACUACAAAAAUGACGAACAAUCUACAACUGCUAUACACGGAACUAAUUGGAACCGAGACCCAAUGGAACUUUCAAACUCUCAACUUUAA